AUGAAUUGUCUGAACGCAGAGAUCUAUUACAUCAGGAAUGGUAAAGUCAAUGAUUACGCCCUCAAGUUUAUGGUAACGGUUCCCACAGAGAUAUCUGAUUUGCACUUCACAUGGUUUACAGUGAUUCCUAAGGUGGGCUACAGUAUUGGCUUCCGAGUGAGUGAUGGAACAGCUCUGGAGACUCCAAAAAUCAAUAUCUCAGACAUGGGUUACGUUCCCCUUAGAGAACAAGUAUUCGGCGUAUCUCUUCAGUGCACGGGAACCAAGAGUACGGAAGUGGAGGUUCAGAUGAUGGUCAACAUAACCAUGUCGUCGCACAUGCCUUACAAUCACACGGAUCUGAUUCUUAAGAGGAAAAAGAUUUGCAGAAAAAGCGACACGAAGUCGAUCGCAAGUAAUGAAAGUGUGGACAAAGUGGACGAUAAGAUAGUGAGAGUGGAUGAGCCCGUGUUGGCCACCAAUCCGUCCGCUUACGAGUCGUAUCUCUACAUAAUAGUCGGCUGCGCCAGUGGUCUCAUACUAGUAGUCGGAGUGUUGGCGCUCUCGUGUUAUUUCUAUUACGUGAGGCCCAGAAAGGAAAGGCAGACACAAACUGCUGAUUUCACGGGAAGUCUGACAAACCUGUCGUCCACAAAGUCGGGCCAAAUCUACUUCCGAGUGGACACACCUAACAAUCUGACCAUUAAUAAGAACGCCAGUCAUUACUCGAGUUUCCGGGGCUUUCUGAACGCACCGCCCGUCUCCCUAUACCGCACUCUCUCAGUGCCCGCACACAUAAUGCACGCCAAACACAGCGCCGCCAACAGAUCCAGUGAUACGAUG